CAUGAAGAUAUCAGUAAGCCGGAGAAUAUGUUGGCUGUUGCCAGACAGGCUGGGCUGUCAUCAGAGCUCGCCCAGAAGCUGCUUGAAACCAUUUCGUCCCCUGCAGUGAAGAACCGACUGAAAGAGACAACAGAGGAAGCAAUAAAAUACGGGGCAUUUGGGAUGCCUGCUGUUGUGGCACAUGUUAAUGGAGAACCUCAUCUCUUUUUUGGCUCUGAUCGUUUAGAGCUGCUAGGCAGCGUUAUAGGUGAAAAAUGGCUGGGACCAGUUCCAUCAGUUCCAAGCUCCAAGAUAUGA